UUGUUUUUUUAAUUUAAAUGAAAAAACAGAAACUUAAGCCAGAGGCUUGGUUAAGUGUCUUCCUGGGCACAUCAGAAAGACUGGAGAAGUGAACUGAAGAUAAUAUGGUUUGAAUACCCAGUACGGAAAUGAGCGAGCAAGUGAGACUCCCGCUGCUGCUUCUGCCCCUAACUUCAAUCCUGCUAUUCCUUUGCCCAAAAGAUUGCUUGUCUCUGUCUGGCCCCACCAAGGUGACAGGAAUUGUGGGAGAAUCCCUGACUGUACAGUGUUUCUAUGAAGAAAAAUACAAGACUAACCGUAAAUACUUCUGCAAAAAAAACUUUCAUUUUCUUUGUGAAACAACAUACUCAAAUAUCAAAACUAUGAAUACUCAAGAAUCAAAAGUGUCUGUCAGAGACCACCCUGAAAACCAAACAUUCAUAAUAACCAUGGAAAACCUCACUAAAGCUGAUGAAGGAGUCUACUGGUGUGGGAUUGACCAGUUUCUUUUAGAUGACAUAUUGACAAUUACUAUAGUUGUUUCUCCAGCAUCCACGGUGGCCCCAAAUAGAUAUACAACCAUAUCACUAGCAGAUAUACUGGUGACAGAUAUACUGGUGACAGAUAUAAAGGAAAUAGGUGGAGUAAAGACCUCAGAAGAGAUUUCUGACCCCAUGCAAAUCCAAAAAUCAGGGAUUCUUGGCAAGCCUGGAGUACUGCUCUUGAUCCUGGGUCUAUUAAUCAUUUCAUUGGCAGGAGCUUUGGUUUUGGCUUGGAGAUUGGUAGAGAAACAAAAGAAGGGUGGUGAGAAGUCCAUGGUAUUCCCGUACUCUACUCCGCAGCAGAAUGAAGAACUUUGUUAUGUGAAUCUGGAGCUACCGGAGAGACCCUCAAAUCGGGAUCCAUCUAUCCAAAGCCACCCAGGUGUAGAAUACAGCGCUGUGAUGACUGCUCAAGAACAAUCUGUUACAUACUCCAUCUUAACUUUUCCCAUGGACAACCAGAACACAGCUUUGGAGACAAAGAAGUACCCAGAGGAGAAAGUAGUGUAUAGUACAAUAAUGAUAAAAUAGGCUGCAACCCUCUGACCUCCUGUACUGAAGCCCAGCCCUUUGGAGAAAAACAUAAAUAAACUUAUUUCUCUUUUUCCC